UGAUAGGGCAAAAUGUAAUAUAAUUUAGUGGUUUUUGUAUUAUAUGUAUAGAUAUACUUAUUUAUGAAAACUAAAGGAUUCAUUUUUUAACAUACCAGUAUGACUUCUAUCAUAAAAUUGCAAGCCCUUUCUGGGGCAAUGGAUGAGUCCCCUCCUUGCUAUAUUUUACAGGUUGAUGAUGUUAGGAUAUUGUUAGAUUGUGGUUGGGACGAAAAAUUUAACAUGGAAUUUAUAAAAGAGAUAAGAAGACAUGUACACAGUAUCGAUGCUGUGCUACUUUCUUACCCUGAUAUCGUCCACUUAGGAGCUUUACCUUACGUAGUAGGCAAAUUAGGGUUGAAUUGUCCUAUUUAUGCUACGAUACCUGUUUAUAAAAUGGGCCAGAUGUUCAUGUACGACUUAUAUCAGUCCCAAUAUAAUAUGAAGGAAUUCUGUGUUUUUUCUUUAGACGAUGUAGAUGCAACAUUUGAGAAAAUUAUUCAACUAAAAUAUAACCAAACUAUUCCUUUAAAAGGCAAAGGAUAUGGAUUAACAGUAACACCUUUACCUGCUGGACACAUGAUCGGUGGUACAAUUUGGAAAAUUAUGAAGGUAGGAGAAGAGGACAUUAUUUAUGCGAAUGAUUUUAAUCAUAAAAAAGAAAGGCACUUGAAUGGGUGCGAGUUGGAAAAGCUUCAACGACCAUCGCUACUUAUAACGGAUGCAUUCAAUGCAACAUAUCAACAGGCUAGAAGAAGGGCUAGAGAUGAAAAGUUAAUGACAAAUAUUUUACAAACUCUUCGCAACAAUGGAAAUGUUUUAAUUGCUGUAGAUACCGCAGGCAGAGUACUGGAAUUAGCGCAUAUGUUGGACCAGUUGUGGAGAAAUAAGGAAUCCGGUUUACUAGCCUACUCGUUGGCGCUGUUAAAUAACGUUAGUUACAAUGUUGUCGAGUUUGCUAAAUCUCAGAUAGAAUGGAUGAGUGAUAAACUUAUGAGGAGUUUUGAAGGCGCUAGGAACAAUCCCUUUCAAUUCAAACACCUCCAGUUGUGUCAUAGUUUGUCGGAACUGAAUAAAGUUUCAAGUCCUAAAGUUGUGCUGGCUAGUUCGCCAGAUAUGGAAAGUGGAUUUUCCAGGGAACUGUUCCUGCAGUGGUGCUCUAAUUCCAACAACAGCGUUAUCAUCACUACAAGAACUUCCCCAGGCACAUUAGCAAGAGAUUUGGUUGAUAAUGGCGGAGGAAGAACCAUAGACCUGACUAUUGAAAGAAGAGUCAAACUCGAAGGUUCCGAACUGGAGGAAUAUGAAAAACGACAGAGAGAAAGGAGUGAUGAUGGCGAUCUCAAAGAAGAUGGAGAAUCGGAUUCGGAUGAUGACAUAGAAAUGUCGGUUAUAUCCAAAGGUAGACAUGACAUAGUCAUCAAACAAGAAGGCAAAAUUACUGGAGGUUUCUUUAAGGUUACAAAAAAACAGCACCCCAUGUAUCCCUUCCACGAAGAGAAGAUAAAGUGCGACGAAUAUGGAGAAAUAAUUAAACCUGAGGAUUACAAGCUGGUUGAAGUUUCAGCAGAAGCUGAAGAUAACAAAGAAAACAUUAUAAUAAAGAAGGAAGAGGAGGAAAUAACCGAAAUUCCAGAACUGCCCACAAAAUGCAUAAUCCUGAAUCGAACGGUACAAGUGAACUGCCAAGUACAGUACAUCGAUUUUGAGGGAAGGUCAGAUGGAGAAUCCCUGAUGAAAAUAUUAUCGCAGUUGCGGCCGAGAAGAAUCAUAGUAGUGCGCGGUAAUGAAGAAAGUACUUCCGUAAUAGCGAAACAUUGCGUAGAUAAUAUACAGGCCAGGGUGUUUACCCCGAAUAAGGGAGAAAUGGUGGAUGCUACAAGCGAAACGCACAUCUACCAGGUUCGCCUUACAGAUGCUCUGGUGUCGCAGUUAAAUUUCCAGAAAGCCAAAGAUGCGGAGGUGGCGUGGUUGAACGCUCAAAUCAUAUUUAGGGAGAGUCAGGCUGACGCCAAGAGAAUGAAUGCCGACAAUGAGCCUAUGGAAGUGGAUGAGGAAGAACAGAAAAUAUUAACGCUGGAACCAUACAAUGAUAUUGCGCCUCAUGAUCCCGUUUUCAUCAACGAACUAAAACUGUCGGAAUUUAAGCAAGUUCUGGCAAAAAGCAACAUUAACUCUGAAUUUUCAGGAGGUGUUUUGUGGUGUUCAGGCGGAUCCAUAGCCAUUCGAAGGGUGGAGUCAGGUCGUAUUAUGUUAGAGGGCUGUAUAUCUGAAGAUUACUAUAAGGUCAAAGAACUAUUGUAUGAACAGUACGCUAUUUUAUAAUUUUUGUCUACAGUGGAUUUUUUUCACUUUAUUUGAGAUAAGUGAAGGUUGUUUAUUAUAAACUCUAGAAUAAGUGAAAAAUUUUGUAAAUUUUAAAUAAAACU